GGCUGCCUGUCUGACACCAGUGGGUGGGGUGCAAUAUGACACUUCCCUUCCUUUUCAGAAACGUGAGUGGAGCUGGCGCCCAGACCCUCCGAUCUGGGGGAGGGGAGACGGGGGAGAAGGCCCGCACUUCCGUCAUCGCGACCUUCUCCCCAGGAGACGCAGUAUCAGUGGCAAGCGGCCUCUGCGCAGCAACCAGGAUUGGCGCCUAGAAAACUCCUCCACAUUCUGAUUUUUGCUGCUCCUUGCUCCGCCCCGACUUUCCUCGGCUCUAGUCGUCCCAGCCACCUUCUUCCCGCUGCCUCUAGCGUGAGCUACGGGACGUCUCCGCUCCUUCCCAGGGCCCGAGAGUGGGCUGCGAAUAUAAAAAAAUGUACCUCCUCGGCGGGGCAUGGGUACCCACCCUUGGGGUACUCUCCUUAGCCCCCUUGCUUUACACGUAGCGCCUAGUACAGUCGUAGCCACCUAGCUCUUGGAAGGCCCUGGGCGCAGUGCGUCUUCUGUCCCCACUUUGCAGCGGACAGGGAUCCCACGGGAACCUGGAGCUUGGAAAGACCCUUGCGCCUCGCCAGUCGGAACAGCGGGUGCAGCAGACGAGCGAAGGCACCGCGAGGGCGCAGCGACGGCUCCCUAGCGCCCAGCUCCAGCCACGGAGGAAGCCCUUCUCGAGGCGCCGGGAGCCUGGCGGGCGCGUUCGGGGCGCACGCCCAGCCGGCCGCCUCCCAAGCCCUCGGGACCGUCCUCAGGCCGCGAAGAGGAGCCUGUUGGAGACUUCGAGGCUGUCCAGAGCCAGCGAGCAAGAGCGCGCGUCUCCAGCCGGGGCUGGGAAGGGGGAGUGGCGCUGGCGGGCUGGUGCUGGGAACCGAGCGAGCGCCUGACCUUCCUCCUCCUCCUCCUCCUCCCUUCCCCUUUUCCCAACUUGGGCUCCGAGGGGGAAGGCUCUAGCGGCCGUAGGAGACCCCUGGACCUCUUUUUCUAAAAGGCUGGCCAUGGAUCUCCUGCUUCUGCCCUCGCCGGGGCACUUGGAGCGCGCUAGCGGCGCGUGAGCCGGGCACUGCCAUCCACCGCCUUCGGCGCGCCCCAGAGCUAACGCCGCCAGAGCCCCCUUCCUUUCCGGGUGCAAAGCCUCCAGCGUUCUGGGUCCCCGAGGGUGGCCCUUGGGCACAGUCCCGCCGAGAUGUCCGCGCAGAGCCUGCUGCACAGCGUCUUCUCUUGCUCCUCGCCCGCCUCGGGCGGCGCGGCCUCGGCCAAGGGCUUCUCCAAGAGGAAGCUGCGCCAGACCCGCAGCCUGGACCCGGCCCUGAUCGGCCACUGCGGAGGUGAGGCGAGCGCCGACGGUGAACCUGGCCAGAACGCUGGGAGCAGCGCGCUGGGGGCCUCGGGGGGCCGCCUCUGCUCCCCGCCACCCCUGGCCGAGGGCCUGGGUCCCCGCUCAGCGUCCUCUCCCCGAGGCCCGACCCCCAGGGCCCUCUGCUCGUCUUUCUCCACACCCAGCACCCCGCAGGAGAAUUCACCGUCAGGCAGCUUCCACUUUGACUAUGAAGUGCCCCUGGGUCGCGGCGGCCUCAAGAAAAGCAUGGCCUGGGACUUGCCUUCGGCGGUGGCUGGACCGGGCAGUGGCCGCAGCACGGCGAGCAUCCUCUGCUCCUCCGGGGGAGGUCCCAACGGCAUCUUCACUUCUCCCAGGAGGUGGCUCCAGCAGAGGAAGUUCCAGCCGACACCCAACAGCCGCAGCCACUCGUACGUCGUGUGGAAGUCUGAGGGUGAUUUCACCUGGAACAGCAUGUCCAGCCGCAGCGUGCGGCUCAGAUCGGUCCCCAUCCAGAGUCUGUCGGAGCUGGAGCGGGCCCGGCUGCAGGAAGUGGCUUUUUAUCAGUUGCAGCAGGACUGUGACCUGAGCUGUCAGAUCACCAUUCCCAAAGAUGGACAAAAGAGAAAGAAAUCUUUGAGAAAGAAACUGGAUUCACUAGGAAAGGAGAAAAACAAAGACAGAGAAUUCAUCCCGCAGGCAUUUGGAAUGCCCUUAUCCCAGGUCAUUGCCAAUGACCGGGCCUAUAAACUCAAGCAGGACUCGCAGAGGGAUGAGCAGAAGGAUGCAACUGAUUUUGUGACUUCCCUCCUGCCAUUUGGAAACAAAAGACAAAACAAAGAACUCUCAAGCAGUAACUCAUCUCUCAGCUCCACCUCAGAAACACCAAAUGAGUCAACGUCCCCUAACACCCCGGAACCGGCUCCCCGGGCCAGGAGGCGGGGUGCAAUGUCAGUGGAUUCAAUCACAGAUCUUGAUGAUAAUCAGUCUCGACUACUGGAAGCUUUGCAACUCUCCUUGCCUGCUGAGGCUCAAAAUAAAAAAGAAAAAGCCCGAGAUAAAAAACUCAGUCUGAACCCUAUUUACAGACAGGUUCCCAGGCUGGUGGACAGCUGCUGUCAGCAUCUGGAGAAACAUGGUAAGUGGAAUCGUCUACCAGUUCCCCCGGAUCUCCAGAACGAAGUGCUGAUCAGCCUGCUGGAGACUGACCCUGACGUCGUGGACUAUUUACUCAGAAGAAAGGCCUCCCAAUCAUCAAACCCUGACAUACUGCGGUCGGAAGUUUCCUUUUCCAUGGGCGGGCGACACUCGUCUACAGACUCCAAGGCCUCCAGCGGAGACAUCUCCCCUUAUGACAACAACUCCCCUGUGCUGUCCGAGCGUUCCCUGCUGGCUAUGCAAGAGGACACGGCCCCGGGGGGCUCGGAGAAGCUUUACAAAGUGCCAGAGCAGUACAUGCUGGUGGGCCACUUGCAGGCGAAGUCAAGGGAAAGUUCUCCUGGACCAAGGCUUGGAAAAGAUAUGUCAGAGGAGCCUUUCAAUAUCUGGGGAACUUGGCAUUCAACAUUAAAAAGUGGAUCCAAGGACCCAGGAACGACAGGCUCCUAUGGAGACAUUUUUGAAAGCAGCUCCCUACGACCUGGGCUGAGUUCCCUUUCUCAAGGGAACCUGUCCCCGAAUUGGCCUCCGUGGCAGGGUAGUUCCACCGAGUGGGAAGGUGGCACACAGGCCGCUCGGAGGACUCGGGCCACGGCCAGCAGCGUGGAGGGCAGGGCCCACCCGCCCGUGUCCCGCGUCUGCAGCACGCCCCACAUCCAGGGCAGCAGCCGGGGAGCUGAGCAGGCCACGUCCAGGUCGGAGCAGUCUUUGGCCCUGAGCAGUGCUGAAGACUGCCCCGAGUGGGAGCUGGACAGUGCCUGGCUGCAGAGGCACGCCACUCCUCUGCACCAGAGACCUCAAGAGACUGGGAGAAACGACCCGAGGCCCCCUCCGCCUUAUCCUGGCCCAGGCAAGCAAGCUUCAGUGUCGUCCCAGCAGCCCCCGGAGUCCCCGCCGUGGAGGCUUCAGAGGCCCGUGGAAGGCUCUGGAAGAGCUUUGGAAGAGGGAGGCCACAUCUCCAAGCGAGAGCACCAAGCCACACCAAAAAAACUGAGCAGCGCCUACUCCAUUUCAGCCAGUGGUCAGAACAGUGAGAACUUGGGGGGACCCAACUGGCUCGACUGGCAGAAGGAGCGGUGGCAAAUCUGGGAGCUCUUAUCGACAGACAACCCCGACGGCCUCCCCGAAACGCUGGUAUGAGCCCACGCCCAAGCCUGGGCCCUUGCCGUCCCACACAUCCAGCCUCCUUCCAAGAGGAAAGCAAAAGUUGGUGUUGGACAAUUGGACACUUGCUUAUUUUUCUUCUUUUACACUUUUGAAAAGCAACACAAAAGAAACUCAGUUCACUUCAAGACGUAGAGCACUCUGACCCUCUCCAUUUAUAAGCCAGUUCUGUUGCGUAGCCAGCCUUAGGGAAAAACGAACACCGAAACGGGUGAAAACAUCCCGUGUAAAAACUACCCACGUUGGCUCUGUGUAAGAUACAACUCCGGCUUUGGUAUAGUCUAAUUGUAUUUAUGUGUCUUUGGUUUUGAUUACUGUAUAUUCUGUAACAGAUUAUGUAUAAUAAUCAUAUCUAUUCACAGAGAGAAAACAGAAGAACGAUGGUUUUAAUCACUUCACCUAUAUUAAGCAAUGAGUUAUACUAAGCAAUGAAAUUCUACUGAAUGUAAUCGAAUGUGCACAAGCAGGUUUCUGUGCUUUUACCGUAGCCCUUCCUUCAAUGCCUAAGAAAAACACUAAAAAUUCCAAAAAAAAAAAACAAAAUAUGAGAAGCCAUAUUUUUAUAUAGUAGUGAGAUACGAAA